AAAAAAGGCGCGAAAAUUGGCACAAAAACACGCAGUAAAUAGCAUCAGAGUCCGCACACAGUUUUUGCGCGUUUCAAAGUUAUUUGCUGUAAAAGAAUUAAACGAAAUGGAUGUUGCGGAUGCACAAAUCGGACAGCUGCGCGUUAGAGAUGAGGUUGGCAUACGCACCCAAAAACUCUUCCAAGAUUUCCUUGAGGAAUUCAAAGAGGAUGGUGAAAUUAAAUAUGCUCGCCCCGCUGCCAAUCUCGAGUCGCCCGAUCGCUGCACGCUCGAAGUGAGCUUCGAAGAUAUGGAGAAAUAUAAUCAGAACCUGGCAACUAGCAUUAUUGAGGAAUAUUAUCAUGUGUAUCCGUUCCUCUGUCAAGCCGUCUCCAACUACGUGAAGGAUCGCAUUGGCCUAAAGACCAACAAGGAUUGUUAUGUGGCCUUCACGGAGGUGCCGACGCGGCAUAAAGUGCGCGAUCUGACAACCUCGAAGAUUGGCACCUUAAUCCGUAUCUCUGGCCAAGUGGUACGCACACAUCCCGUCCAUCCGGAGCUUGUGUCCGGCACCUUCAUGUGCCUAGAUUGCCAAACGGAAAUCCGAAAUGUUGAGCAGCAAUUCAAGUUUACCAAUCCGACCAUUUGUCGCAAUCCCGUGUGUGCAAAUCGUCGUCGUUUCAUGCUGGACGUGGAGAAGUCUCUCUUCCUCGACUUUCAGAAGAUUCGCAUCCAGGAGACACAGGCGGAGCUGCCACGCGGCUGCAUACCACGCGCCGUCGAGAUCAUAUUGCGCUCCGAACUAGUGGAGACGGUGCAGGCUGGUGAUCGUUACGAUUUCACCGGCACCCUCAUUGUGGUGCCGGAUGUGAGCGUGCUGAGCAUGCCAGGCACCAGAGCCGAAAUGGGCUCCCGCCAUAAGCCGGGCGAGGGCGGUGACGGCAUCACCGGACUCAAGGCUCUGGGUGUGCGAGAGCUCAACUAUCGCAUGGCAUUCCUUGCCUGCAGCGUCCAAGCAACUACCGCACGCUUUGGCGGCACAGAUCUGCCCAUGUCCGAGGUGACGGCGGAGGACAUGAAGAAGCAGAUGACCGAUGCCGAGUGGCAAAAGAUCUAUGAGAUGUCCAAGGACCGCAAUCUCUAUCAGAAUCUGAUCAGCAGCCUCUUUCCCUCGAUAUAUGGCAAUGAUGAAGUAAAGCGCGGCAUACUCCUGCAGCUCUUCGGAGGCGUGGCCAAGACCACAACGGAGAAGACCUCACUGCGUGGCGACAUAAACGUUUGCAUUGUCGGCGAUCCGAGUACAGCCAAAUCUCAGUUUCUUAAACAGGUCUCUGAUUUCUCGCCACGCGCCAUCUACACUUCGGGCAAGGCAUCCUCUGCAGCGGGUCUCACAGCCGCUGUAGUCCGGGACGAGGAGAGCUUCGAUUUUGUGAUUGAGGCGGGCGCCCUCAUGUUGGCAGACAAUGGAAUCUGCUGCAUUGAUGAGUUCGACAAGAUGGAUUUGCGCGAUCAGGUGGCCAUACACGAGGCCAUGGAACAGCAGACCAUAUCGAUAGCUCGAGCCGGUGUUCGGGCCACACUCAAUGCACGCACCUCCAUUCUGGCUGCUGCGAAUCCCAUCAAUGGACGCUACGAUCGUUCUAAGAGUCUGCAGCAGAAUAUUCAGCUGUCGGCUCCGAUUAUGUCGCGUUUCGAUCUGUUCUUCAUUUUGGUGGACGAGUGCAACGAGGUGGUCGACUACGCGAUUGCACGCAAGAUCGUGGAUCUGCACUCAAACAUCGAGGAGUCUGUGGAGCGGGCGUACACGCGAGAGGAGGUGCUGCGCUAUGUGACAUUCGCUCGCCAAUUCAAGCCCAUCAUUGGCAUAGAAGCGGGCAAGAUGCUCGUGGAGAACUAUGGGCAUUUGAGGCAACGCGACACUGGCUCCUCGGGCCGCAGCACUUGGCGGAUAACCGUGCGUCAGCUGGAAUCGAUGAUACGGCUGAGUGAGGCCAUGGCCAAGCUGGAGUGCUCCAAUCGAGUGCUUGAGCGCCAUGUCAAGGAGGCUUUCCGUUUGCUCAACAAAUCUAUCAUUCGUGUUGAACAGCCGGACAUUCACCUGGACGAUGAUGAGCCUCUGGACGCGGACGAUGGCAUAGAGCAUGACUUUGACAUGGAGAACAAUGGUGCGGCCGCCAAUAUGGAUUCCGACGCACUGGAUACCUCUAACAGUGCUGUCCAAAAGAAAAAGUUCACACUGUCCUUUGAGGACUAUAAGAAUCUGUCCACCAUGCUGGUGCUGCACAUGCGUGCCGAGGAAGCGCGCUGCGAAGUGGAGGGCACAGAUACGGGCAUGAGGCGAAGCGAUGUUGUCACCUGGUAUCUGGAGCAGGUUGCCGAGCAAAUUGAGUCCGAGGAUGAGCUCAUAUCAAGAAAGAACCUCAUCGAGAAGCUAAUCGAUCGUCUCAUCUAUCACGAUCAGGUCAUCAUACCUCUGAAAACCACCAGCCUAAAGCCCUUCUCCAAGAGCCCCAAAGCAUCAGCUGCCGAUGAUGAACUGGAAAACGAUCCGCUCCUUGUGGUUCAUCCCAAUUACAUAGUGGAGUAGUACAUUCUAAUAACUAGCCUGCUCCACCAUCAUUCUCACAUUUAUUUCAUUACAUUCGUAGUUAAGUUUGUGCGUUUUUUUUUUUCUUCUUU